GCCAGAAACAUGAGAGACCUCUGGAGCUGUUCUGUAGAGAUGAUCAGACAUGUGUGUGUCAGUUCUGCACUGAAGGAGACCACAAGAAUCACAACACUGUUCCUAUAGAGGAGGAGAGCAGAGAGGAAGACUCAGCUGGGGAAAAAACAGACAGAUGUACGCCAGAUGAUUAAGGAUCGACUGGAGAAGAUCCAAAAGAUCAAACAGUCAGUAGAGCUCAGCAAAAAAAACACAGAGAAAGAGAAAGCAGACAGUGUUGAAGUCUUCACUGCUCUGAUUAGCUCCAUUGAGAAAAGUCAGGCUGAGCUGAUGGAGCUGAUGGAGGAGAAGCAGAAAGCAGCAGUGAUGCAGGCAGAAGAACUCAUUAAAAAGCUGGAGCAGGAAGUCACUGUGCUACAGAGGAGAGACACUGAGCAGGAGAAGCUCUCACACACUGAGGAUCAUCUCCACCUCCUACAGGUUUACUCGUCCAUGUUCAGCCUUCCACACACCAAGAUCUGGACUGAGAUCAGUAUUAACACUGAUCUGAGUGGAGACACUGUGAGGACAUCUCUGUAUCAGCUUCAGCAGAGUCUGAAUGAGAAACUCAGUAAAACACUCAAUGACAAGUUAAAGGAAGCAGUUUCCACAGAACUGAAGAGAAUGCAGCAGUAUGCAGUGGAUGUGAUUCUGGAUCCUGAUACAGCUCAUCCCAAACUCAUUCUUUCUGCUGAUGGAAAACAAGUGUCACAUGGAGACAAACGACAAAAUCUCCCUGAUACACCAGAGAGGUUUAAUCAGUGUGUCUGUGUUCUGGGGAAGCAGAGUUUCUCCUCAGGGAGAUUUUAUUAUGAGGUGCAGGUCAGAGGGAAAACUGAAUGGGAUUUAGGAGUUGUGAGGGAAAACAUUAACAGGAAGGGGAAGAUUAUAGUGAGACCUCAGAAUGGAUUCUGGUCUGUGGUACUGAGGAAUGAGAAUAAGUAUAAAGCUUUUGAGGUUCCCGCCGUCCCCCUCAAACUGAGAGAGAAGGUGGAGAAGGUGGGUGUGUUUGUGGAUUAUGAGGAGGGUCUGGUCUCCUUUUAUGAUGUGAACUCCAGAUCUCUUAUCUACUCUUUCACUGGUCAGACUUUCACUGAGAAACUCUAUCCAUACUUCUGCCCUUGUUCAAAUGAUGGAGGUAAAAAUUCAGCACCCCUGAUCAUCUCUCCUCCACUUUAGACUAAAGGAUUUUUAUCUCAUAAAAUUGGAUGUUUAAAAAAGGAUUAAAACCUUUUUUCUUUUUAAUCAAAUUAUUAAACUCAUAUAACAAUUUGAUACAAUCAGAAAAGUUUAAAAAAUCUUUUCAACUAUUAGAAAUGUUAAAACAAAUAAAAAUCUGAACUUUACUUUACUCUUUUUACUUUAAAGAUAUAUACAUAAUCUUUAAAAACUUAAAUACAUACAUUUAUGUGGCAAAGAACAUUUGUAUUUUUAUCUUUUUUUACAUUUUCAGAAGUAAAAAUAUGUACUUUAAACUCUGUAUCCUUACAAUACAUACAAGUAUCUGAUUUUUGUUAAGUGAAGAGAUUUUGUUGCGGUCCUUUUUAUUCUUGUUUGGUUAAACAGCACUCAAUCUGAAAUUGUAUAAGAGAAAUUGAUUCCUAAAUGGGUAAAAUACUUUCUGAAGCCCUUUCAUACAUUGUUCUUCUUGUUUGU